AUGAAGCCAUGGCAGGCGUUCCAAUACCACGAUUCCAAUGCACCCCCAAACUCGCAGACUUCAGCCUUCUCUGCGACUAAAUGGAAGAAUGCUGACGGUCUUACGUCUUCAAGACCAGGGAAACAACCGAGACAGAAGGCCAAACCGUCGCGUGCUUCUACUCCGAGUACACUAGAAUUCCUGUCGCUGUUACCAGACGAAGAGCCAGCUACAUUAAUCCUGGACACAUAUUUCGAUCGCGUCCACUGGUUCACGCUAAUAUUCCACCAAGGGGAUUUUCGCGACAAGUUUGGACGACUUUAUGCCGGUCGCAACGAGCCAAGGGCAGGAAAGCCUGCCGAAUCGUUCGGCUUUGUGAGUACGCUCCUGGCGGCUUUUGUCAUUGCACUCCAGCAUUCCGGUGUCUACCGCAAGGAGCUGCUUCGUCAAUACGGCGUCGAGGCGGACUCCCUGAAGAAACGGAUGCUAAGCUCGCUAAGAACGAGGUUACUGGAUAUCUUGUCCCUCGGGUCCAUGGAAGCGGUGCAGACCUGCGUCCUGCUCGGAAGCUACUACCUAUAUCAGGGACAGCCCGAAUUGGCUUGGCCAAUAUGCGGUUGCGGUUUACGGAUCGCCCAGGCUCUGCAUCUGUACCGAAAGAUGGCCAUGGAUACACACCCCUCUUCCUCUAGAGCAUCUGUUGCUCAUUAUGCCGAGAGUCGAAAGCGGACGUGGUGGGCUGUGUAUGAGAUUGAGACUAUAUGUUCGAUGUUGUACGGCUAUCCGUUGAGCAUCUCGGACAACGACUGCGACAUAGAAUAUCUGGAUCCCCACGCGAAUCAGUCAAUCCAUGGACGUCUAGCUGACCACCACCAGCCGCCUUCCUCGACAGGAGCCGCCACUCUUUUGUCGUACAAAGCUCACAUGUCAAAGUUGUCCGUCAUCAUUCGAACAGCCCUCACCGAUAUCUACGGCGGUGGCGGUCAGCAUUCAGGGGUCCCCGCCACGUCAAUCGGCAAUCGGACUUCGCGUUUGCAGCAACUUGCUCUGAAAGUGGCGGAACUGGAUGACAGGUUGCGUAAAUGGCAGGAGGAACUUCCGCAUAGACUCAGAUUCGAGGAUGUCGCCCAGGUCACGAGGUCCAAUUAUCUUCAGGUAGGCGAAAUCGAUUCGGAUAUUGGAGCCAGCGGCGAAAAGUUUGAAAAUCACAUAUUCCAAUUGCAGGCGCUGGCUCUGAAGCUGGCCUACGAAAAUGCGAGGAUCUUGGUGCAUCGACCUCUUCUGUCGUACAAGAUUACCACUCCCAGCAUCCCUCCCGAAGAGAGUGGACGAUCACUUGAGGGGCCACAGCCGUUCUCUCAGGAAACAGAUCCGUUUUCACAUUCGGUCCGGGUUUGCCGAGAUGCCGCUCUCCAGACGUCGAGGGUUGGAAGUCACCUGGCCUUCUCGUGGGUUUCGAUUAGUUAUGCUGCUGCCUUUUCCAGCAUGCAUCUCUUCACAGCCGGCGUCACCCUGUGCAUCAUGACGAGCCUCGAGCCUCUGAGCUUACAGGCGCACGAAUCCAAGAUUGGGAUCCACCGGUUGAUGGCAAUGCAACUGUCCUUGAAGGAAACUUCUAUUAUGGCCGCGCAGGGGCUUGCCAUUCUUCAGCAGCUCGCUGGACUGACGUUGCAGAAAGAAAUGAACCAGAUGUUCAACCUAGAAAACCCGAAACCGCCGUGUCCACAGAGACCGAGCUCGGAGGAGCAGCGGCAGGCAAGUCACUCAAGUCAACGAUACGAAGUCUUGUCUGAAAACGCAAACCCAGGCGCAUGGUUUGGUAACGCUCACUCAGAUGUCAAUAGUUUCCCCCCUGUGUUGGAGUCGUCGCCCUCGCAGGCAGAACAGAACGAGAUUGAAUUGUUUGAGGGCGAGGGGUCACAGCUUUCACACCAUGCUGUCCCGUUAACCUUUGACGCUGACGUGGAUGAGAACCCAGAUGUGGCUCGAACACUUUUGGACUUGGAACAUGGUAGGUUUAAUGGAUUCCUCCUCCAUAUAUCCGAUCUUGUAGUUUUCUAA